AUGACCCGGUACUGUGGAAAGGCUGUGCCUCCAGUAAUCCUGGUCUAUCCGGAGACUCAGGCCCAGGAACCCGGCGUCGCUGCCAGCUUGCGCUGCCAUGCAGAUGGUAUUCCAAACCCUAAACUCACCUGGCUGAAGAACGGCCUGGACCUGCAGCCGCACGCAUCCAAGCAGAUUUCACUUCUCGCAAAUAGCAGUGAGCUUCACAUCGGUAGUGUGCGUUAUGAAGACACUGGUGCUUAUACCUGCAUCGCUAGAAACGAGGUCGGUGUGGAUGAAGACAUCUCAUCUCUGUUUGUGGAAGAUUCGGGACGCAAGACAUUGGCCAACAUUCUCUGGAGGGAGGAAGGGCUCAGUGUGGGGAACAUGUUCUACGUGUUCUCCAGCGAAGGGAUCACCGUACUGCAGCCCGGCAACUGUGAGAUUCGCAGACGCAUCCCACGGACAGAGAAGAUUCUGGGUAGUUAUGACGAACUGUGUCCCAGAAGCACGGAGUGUGUAUGGGCGUCAGCGGUCAGUGUGAGGGACAAGUACGUGUACGUGUCUCAGCCGCUUCAGAACAGACUGCUGCUGAUCGACACACAGGCGCAGAGAGUCGUGCAGGCUGUGGAAACGGACGCCAUGCCCGUCAAACUCUUCUACGACAAAUCUCACGAUCAGCUGUGGCUGUUGAGCUGGAGAGACCUGCUGAAGUCCCGCUCUACACUGCAGGUGAUCACUUCUGCCAGCGCGGUGGAGCAGAGUCAAAUCAUCCGUACUCCAUUUGAAAGAGUGGAGGACUUCUACAUCCCUCCCACCAACCUCAUUAUCACCCACGUAAGGUUUGGCUUUGUCUACUUAAAAUCGGAGCCUGCGGUGCAUAAAAUCGACCUUGAGACCCUCCGUCUCAUCAAGACCAUCAGUCUGAAGAACUACAGCUGUAUCCCAGCCAGCAUGGCCUACACUCAUUUAAGCGGCUACUAUUUUAUCGAGUGCCAAGUCGAGGACCGUUCGGGUCCGAGCUCACAGCUUCUCAUCGACAGUGUAAGCGAUGCGGUCAUUGGACCCAAUCCCAACAUCAACGGCCAGCCAUUCAUCUCUCCAGACGGCCGCUUCGUCGUCUCCGUGGACAAGCGGCACGGAAAGCUCCAAGUCCAGACCGUCUCCUUCAGCGGCGAGCUGCGGACGAGCCAUGAAGCGGACGUCUCGACUCCCCUCGCAGACUUGGAGUUUCAGCCGUCCUUCACGGAGGCAAACCAGUACGUGGUCGUGGCCUCUUCGUCCCAGGGCUCGAAGCUAGUUUUCUCGGACCUGGCAUCGGGAAGAACGAAAGCCCUGGAGAACGUCAAGGAUCCGAUCCCGGCCACUAGCUGGCCUUGGGGAGACGCCAAUAGGGUGGUGGUCUCCAGCGGGGUGUUUGGAUGCUACUUGGUCACGUCAGCGGCCGAGUCCCUGUUCGUUCUGGAUGGCAAACAGAGCGGCCCUCACUGUGAGGUGUCAGACGUCAAGAGAGGGAACACAGUCAAUUCUCAUUAA